AUGCUUGACGACUCUGCUGAAAUAAUUGCCGAUGAGGACCGCGACACUGCCAAGACCGAACUAAGAGCGUUGUUGGAUAAGGAGGAGAUCGAAGAUCCCGACAAAUUAUGGAGCCUUUUCUCAAAAGCUGGUCACCCUCUCGACCUGACUUCUGCAUUGCUGGCGAGACUAGGCAGCUCUGAUCGUGACGUUGAUAACAGAAGAGCCAGGCGACUUGUCAACUCCCUGCCUAUCGAGUCGCGAACUUCUGAGGAUUAUCUGCACAUGACCAAGUCCUGUAUUGCUACCGGGAAUCUUUCGGAUGUGGAUGGGAUAUGUCAGGAAGCAAUCUCCUACAACCGCGGCGUCUUAUGUUGGGCAUACUGUUUUGCACAUUUUGUGAACUCUGAACAAUGGGAUUAUGUGCAAGAUAUUUGGAGAUCGAGGCCGUUGGGCGACAAGUCGCUGUGGCACACUGUCGCCCCUUGGCUACAGGUGUCUUCCGUGCAUAAGCCUUUGUUGGCACUUGCUGAUUACUUACAAGAUCAGAGUCUCAACAGUCCAGUACGUCUUGCUGCUCGCUUCAUACUCAAUAAUGUAUUUUCUAGCACGGAAUUUGCCGAAGCUACUGCGACGGAGACCCUUCUAGCACUACUGCAAAAGUUCAACCAUCUGGACUUGAUCACUUCGCGGAAUUAUCUUGAUCUCAUCAACACCCUUCAAGAAUCAGAGCACCGAUCGACGUUUGUUCGAUCUAUUGUGGUCUAUCGAAAUUUCCGUUGGCAGAUGGAGGAAGAAACUCCACCCCGCAAGCUUCUGGCUAAGCUGUUGAAGCGUCUCGCUUCUUUCGAGAUCACGACCGGUAUCUUAUACUUCCUCGAUGAGAUUUCCCACUUCCAUCGCAAACCGACAGAGGACGUCUACAGGCAGGCGCUCAUUGUUUUUUCGAGAGCCGGUGAUGUGGAGAAUGUCCAGCAUGUAUUCGAGAGGUUCCUUUCGGACCACGGAAAGCCGCGAAGCCGCAAAAUCGUGGCUCCACUUCUCUAUGUCUACGCCAGAAUUGGCGAUGUUGAACAGACCACGCGUCAAUUCCGAAGGAUUUCGGAAGAGUUUAACCUUCAACCGAAUGACAUAUGUUGGAACAUCCUGCUUACAGCUUAUUCCAAAGCGGGAGAUCUUUCAGGGACCUUCACCAUGUUCAAGAAGAUGAUGAUGGAGGGUGUUGAGCCCACCUCGCACACUUUUGGUAUAAUGAUGGGUCUUUGUGCUAACCGGGGCGAUGUCACCCAUGUCCGUGAUCUGCUCAGUCUAGCCCAACAACAUAACGUGCAGAUAACAGCCCCCAUGAUUGAUACAGUUGUUGAGGCUUAUUGCAACAACUCAGAGUGGGAGAUGGCUGAGCACGUUGCGGAGACUUGCCUCGGCCUCGACGUCAAGGGUUCUCGCGUAAGAAUGUGGAAUAUCCUGCUCUGGAAUUAUGCUUUCCGGAUGGAUCUGGAAGCUAUAUCAAGGAUACGCUCGCGGAUGGACGCCUCAGGACUGGAGCCCGAUGAUAUGACCUAUUCUGCUCUUAUGCUCAGUCUUGUGCUUAUAGGCCAGACGGAUUCUGCCCGUCGCAUCCUGAGGGCACUCCACCGAGGCCGCCGCGUUUACGCAACUGAAUUCCAUUAUGCAGUCAUUCUGUAUGGCUAUCUGAAGGACCGCAAUCGGGACAUGGUGCACAUCAUUUUUCGCGAAAUCAAAGACAGAUUCAACCAACCGGGACUUGGCUCGAGGCUCCUUGUGCUCAAGAGUCAGAUCCAGCGAGAUCUGCAACUUUUGGCACAGGGUGGUCAGGUCGGCAACCACGCAAAUAUUCGUCUCGAAAACUCUGAGAAAUUCCUCGCAGAGACUCUUGCAGAUUACCACUCUACCAAGUUGGCGACGAAGUACCCCUUGCUGGGUUCUGGUAGGAUGUCUGCCAGGAAGGGAUUCCCUGCUGUUUACUACGAAUAUAUGAUCUCUGCCUAUGGUAUGAAGGGGGCUUAUCUGUCGGCUCGGAGGCUUUUCGAUGACUAUACCGCUAGUCAUCCUCCCAAAGACUCUGAUGAAGAGAAUUACCAUGACAUCGCGCCUCUUCGUUUGCUGUCUGCUUUGAUGCUCGCGCAUUUGAAGGCUGAACAGUACCAACAGGUGGAAGAAUGCUGGAACCUGGCUUUUACUCGCGCCUUAAAGAUAGCCAGUCCCACUUCUCCUGAGAUUGAUGAGUGGCUUAGUCGUCAACUCAACCCAGGUACACCGCCCUUACCAUCUCAUGCCGAGCUCUUGGUGAAUCCCGACGACUCCCAAGCUACGCCAUCCGAGUCAGCUACGACAAAGAAGGACCCGAUUCUACCGGCGUACCGCUUCAUGCUAUCUCGCCCUCUUUCACUGUAUCUGCGUUCUUUGGCUUAUGGAAACGAGGUUUCGAAGAUCUCCGAGGUCAUAGCAAAGUAUGUGGAGGCAGGCUUCUCCAUGACAACCUUCAAUUGGUCCACUUUUGUGCAGAUGCUUGCGUCCUCCGACAGGUUGUCUGAUCAGAUUGAAGCUUUCACUGUCUUUGAACAUAAGUUCAUGCCCAACUUCCCUGGGUGGGAUAAUCUUCGUCGAGGAUAUGGUGCACGACCUCCGGGGGUGCCUUCAACCAUUGAUGCGAUGGAGAACCCUAAACGGGCAAAGCCACCUAAUGUACUGGGCAGAUUGGGCCGGCGCUACUGGAGCAAGAUCCAGCCGGACUUCAUGCAGCCCACGUACGUGUCCAUGGUAUAUCUGGCUGCUGCAUUGAGGCGACUUCGCGAACGGAGCAUUCACGAGGGAGGCACGGAUCUUCAAGCUAUAUACGAUGCGGCGCCUAAGACGAUCGCAGCAGUUGCUAGACUUCCUUACCUCCGUGAGAAGUUCCAGGGUGUGCUCCUCCGGCGUCGGCAGGAGAAAGGCGAGAUGGUUGAUGAACUUGGACGUGAUCGUUAUGUGUGGACAGGCGGUAUUCUUGGUGUGGGCGGCCUGACUAGGUCUAAGUCACGGAAUGAACCGACUGCUGAAAAGGCGGGACAAGACAGUAGCAAUAUUCGAGUCGAAGCACAAGAUACCACUUCUGAGCCAACUGAUGAGCCUCCGAUCAAUGUUGGUAUUUCCGAAUUGGACGAUGAUGAGCAAGAUUCCGAUGUUGUACCCUCGCCGUUCAGAAAUACCCUCGACUACCCCGAUGAAUAUGACAUGGAGGCCGAGACGCUGCUCGAGGAAAGAGACAAGGAACUCGGAACGAAGGAGGAAUUGAUGGACGAUGAAAGUCUCGUGGAAGAUGAUGAAGAUGAGUUCGACGAUCUGGAGGAGGACAUGGAGUCCGAAGAAGAAGGAGAACAUGAAGAAGAGGAAGAAGAAUGGGUGGCAGAGGAGGCAGAAGAAGGAGAAGAUGUUUCUGAUGCCGAAGAACAGGACAUAUAUGAGCCCCAAAACGAGGGACAAACCCCUCUAGGCGAGGGCCCCAAGUCACUGAGUCUUCCUGUAUUCUUCAUCAACUCAUCGCUCAGAUAUGGAUAUGUAUUGACUGACAAACGCUCUCAAGUGUGCAUGAACCUCCUGCAACUUACUUGCCUCCUCAUCAUCGACCUCUGUGCUCUGUAUCACCGCUACACCGACGGAGAAUGGUCAAGUUCAGCAAGUUUGACGACGCCGCGCAGGAUCGAGUGCGUGCCGCCGUCGAGUUUCUUGACCCCAGUUAGCAUCGAUGAGAUCCGAGCGCAUAACCGUGAGAUGGCCGAUGGCCUUCUCGCGUCACCAUAUGAAUACUCUGAUGCCUUCGAAAAGGCCCUUAAAGAGAUCAUCAAGACUUUGCCGAAUAGGCCAUCGAGGGAAACGGGAGACGAUGUGAACUACCAUUGCGGCUUUGUUGGCGCAUUUGGAGAAUAUUCCUGCAACCCUAGGACGCUCGGUUCCUCCCACCUGAACCGAAUGAUCUCCCUCGAGGGUAUCGUCACGAAGUGCUCUUUGGUCCGACCCAAGAUUAUUCAGAGUGUGCAUUGGAGCGAGCGCGGUCAGAAGUUUCUUACAAGGAAGUACAUCGAUGCGACAAUGACGGCUAGUGGUGCCACGAGCAUGAGCAUCUAUCCCCAAGAAGACGAAGAGAAGAACCCGCUUGUCACAGAAUACGGUUUCUCAACGUAUAUGGACCACCAGACUAUCUCGAUUCAAGAAAUGCCUGAGAGAGCCCCGGCUGGCCAGCUGCCUCGGAGUGUGGAUGUGAUUGUUGACGAUGAUCUGGUUGACCGCGCUAAGCCCGGAGACAGAAUCCAGUUGGUCGGAGUUUACCGCUCUCUGGGUAACAGAAACGCUUCCUCUACGUCUGCUACAUUCCGCACGCUUGUCCUUGCGAAUAACAUCAUCCAACUGUCUUCAAAGUCUGGUGGAGGAAUCGCACAGGCCACCAUUACCGACACCGACAUCCGCAACAUCAAUAAGGUCUCCAAGAAGAAGGGUGUUUUUGAACUCCUGUCGCACUCGCUCGCGCCCAGUAUCUACGGACAUGAUUACAUCAAGAAGGCCAUUCUGCUCAUGCUGCUCGGUGGUAUGGAGAAGAACCUGGACAACGGCACUCAUUUGCGUGGUGAUAUCAACAUUCUCAUGGUCGGUGACCCUUCGACCGCCAAGUCUCAACUGCUUCGUUUCGUUUUGAACACCGCCCCGCUUGCGAUUGCCACGACAGGUCGAGGAUCUUCAGGUGUCGGUCUUACGGCUGCCGUCACGUCUGACAAGGAAACUGGCGAGCGGAGACUUGAAGCUGGUGCCAUGGUUCUGGGUGAUCGCGGUGUGGUCUGUAUUGAUGAGUUCGACAAGAUGAGCGAUGUCGAUCGUGUGGCUAUCCACGAAGUCAUGGAGCAGCAGACUGUCACCAUUGCGAAGGCCGGUAUUCACACGAGUUUGAACGCCCGAUGCAGUGUCCUGGCCGCCGCCAAUCCGAUCUACGGACAAUACGACCCCCACAAAGACCCCCACAAGAACAUUGCCCUUCCGGACUCUCUAUUGUCACGUUUCGAUUUGCUCUUCGUCGUGACCGAUGACAUUGAGGAUUCCAGGGACAGAAUGGUGUCAGAGCACGUCCUCCGUAUGCAUCGCUACCGCCAGCCCGGUACUGAGGAGGGUGCUCCUGUCCGCGAACAGCUUCACCAAACGCUUGGUGUCGGCCUCGAGGAUACGCAGGACUCGAACCAGCCUACAGAUGUUUACGAGAAGUUCAAUGUCAUGCUUCACGCCGGCAUGGCCCACAUGAGCCGGUCCAAGAGCAAGAACAUCGAAAUCUUGAGCAUUCCCUUCAUCAAGAAAUACAUUCAAUACGCCAAGUCUCGUGUCAAGCCCGUCUUGACCAAGGGUGCCGCCGACCACAUUGUCGCAACAUAUUCUGCUCUGAGAAACGACGAACUGUCUGGUAACCAGCGCAGAACAUCGCCCAUCACUGCCCGUACCUUGGAAACCUUGAUCCGUCUAUCCACCGCCCACGCCAAGUCACGCCUCUCCAACAGAGUCGAGGAGCGCGACGCCAAGGUCGCAGAGUCUAUCCUCCGGUUCGCCAUGUUCAAGGAAAUCGUUGAAGAUGAGCGCCGCAAGAGGAGAAAGGUCGCUUCGUUUGACGAAGAUUCAGACAGUAGCGACUCUGACUCUGACGACGAUAACACUCCUGCGCAAACAACCAGCGCCACCCCCAGAUCAUCCAGGAGAGGCGGUCUCCGAUCCCGUGCAGCCAACGCUCGUUCCGCCACCAACGAGGACACAGAGAUGGAUGCGGACGGAGAUGCUGUCUCCGAGGAUGGCGAUGGCUUGUACAAUUCUAGUCCUCGCGGACAACGACUCCGCUCUAGCCAAACAUCCCGCACGCAGACACAAACACAAAGCCAGUCCCGGAUGUCUGUGGCUUCAUCUCGACCCGCGUCACAGCUGGUCGAGUCCCAAACAGACAACUCGCAGUCGCAGAACACGACUGCUUCAUCGGAGCCGAUCCAGCCCGCUCGCUUGACGGUCUUCAGGCAAGCACUGGGUCCACUGAUGGGCACACGACUAUUCACCCACGGUGACACCGCCGACGUCGAAUCGCUUAUCGGAGCUGUGAACACUGCGCUGCGCAACACGCCUUCCCUCGGCGAAUCGCACGUCUUCCAGCGCGGGGAAGCUAUCCAGGCCCUGAGGGCUAUGAACGAGAGGAACGAAUUAAUGUACCUUGAGGAUGACGAAACCGUCUACAGAAUUUAAUCAAGAACAAACAAAAAACCACUGAAACUCAUUUUACAACGUUAUACGACCUAGAGAAAUGGGAUGGAUACCAUCACGCGCAUGAUUUCUUUACACUUUUAUUUUUCUAUGUUGCCUAAAUACAGAUAACCUGUUGUCACGGAUAGUUCGGCGUCUCGGAAAUUCAUCAUCUAUAUUACUUGGCUUUUAAUCUUCUACUUCCUCCAUGUGCAUGCAUCUCCUUGUUCAUCGAAAUGCCAUCCAUCAUAUACUUCAUAAAUCAAUGUCUACAAACUAACUAUCUACCCAGGCCCUGACUUGAGGGCUUCCCGACAUAAAUUGAUAUCUCAUAAUAGGAUAGGCUAGAAUAAGGUUCUCG